AUGCGUUUUACAAGCUUAUUAUGUGGUGUUAUUGGUGCAACAGUAGUUUUCGCCAAGUUGAAUCCUGAGGACCUUUUAGACGUCGGUGAAGUCGGCAUUGAAAUUACAAAACAGAUCCCAAUUGACGAAUGCAAAAUUAAGGCAUCAAAUGGCGACACUGUAGUAGUGCAUUACACUGGGAAGCUCGAAGAAUCAGAUGAAGUAUUCGAUUCCAGUUAUGAAAGAGAGAAACCGCUUACUUUCCAGUUAGGUGUUGGUCAAGUCAUUAGAGGCUGGGAUUUAGGUCUGCUCGGUAUGUGCGUAGGUGAAGAGCGUACACUCACUAUACCAAGUGGAUAUGGUUACGGUACUAGGGGGAUCCCUGGUCUUAUUCCUGGAGAUGCUACCCUGGUGUUUGAUGUUAAGUUAAUUAAUGCUGUUAAUAAGAAUUGA